CGCAGUGCUGCUCCGCCUCCGCACCCGGCGGCGAUCUAUUGCCACGCCUAAUACGGCAUGUCUAGAACUUGCACUUCUUCCACUGCACAUCCAGUAACACUUUUUCAACUCCCGUGAAUCUCACAAUAAUCGCUCCAUCAAUACGCUCCAGACAAAAUGGUUCGAAAGGAUCCCAUCUUUGAGGCACGCACAAAUGUCAAGCUGCACUCGAACCGCCUCAAGAAAGAAGCCGUCCGAGCCGAUGCCACCUUCAAAUCCGAAAAAGCCAAGGCCGACAAGGCCAUGAAAAACCGCGAGUUCCAAAUUGCCCGCAUCCACGCCGCCUCAGCCGUCCGCGAGAAACGACGACAAGUCACACUCCGCGCCGAAGCCGCCCGAGCAGACGUGAUCAUCAACGAACUGAAAGCCGCCCAGAGCACCCGGGACACAUCACGAACACUGGCACUAGCAUCGCGGGGUCUGGACGCGGCCUCCAAGAGUGUCAACCUGGAGCAUCUCGUUUCGCAUGCGAACAAUUUCCUGGCCCGCUCGGAGGACUUUAAGAUCGCGAGUAGUGCGAUCGAGGACGUGGCGCAGGGUGUCUCGAUGCAGGAGUACGGUGCUGAAGGUGAGACUGAGGUUGACCGGUUGAUGGAGCAGCUGGCGGACGAUGCGGGCGUUGAUAUGCGGGUGGCUCUGGAUGCAGAUACGGCUCCUAAGGAGGAUGUCAAGGAGCAGAAGCAGGCUGCUGAUACGGAGUUGGAGGAUGGUCUGGGUGCGAGGCUACGGGCGCUUCGGGCUGCGAAUUGAUUGACCUUGUUUAACUGAUUAGACCGACCUCUUACGAUGUUAUGUCCUCGAUUCGACUAUACUAUUACGUUUUUGCUCUUUGCCUGAGUUGGACUGUUUGAGCAAUCUUUAUGCAUUGGUGUCGCUGUGUUAGGCGUAGAUUGAAUGGAUUCCUUUUGAUGUGGCACUGGACAGGUAUGGGUACUGACACUAACUAAAGGCCGAUGCAAAUAGUCAAAGCCAAAUUCUAUGUCUAGAUCAAAGAAUAAUCUCAAUCAAGAUAGGAAACCA